AUGAAUUGCCAAAAGUUGGAACUCCUUGGUGGGGGAGCUCACGGCAUUGUAUUUCUCGGUCAAUAUUAUACUUCACCUCCUUUCAAUGCUCCAGUGAAGAUAGCCGUGAAGUCUUCGAAGAUCGAGUUUUCUGAUUCCAUUUGGAAGGAAGGGCAAAUCCUAAGAAUGUUUCAAGGAUGUCCCUAUAUAAUUCAAUGUUUUGGAGGUGACACAAGCGUAGAGCAUGGGAACAUUGUGUACAACCUUCUGUUGGAGUACGCUCCCGGCGGAACACUCCAGGGAUUGAUCAAUUCUCAGGAAGGAUUUUUCUCGGAACACGAGGCUUCGCUCUACGCUUAUCAGCUUCUGAAGGGAAUUCAAGAGGUGCAUCGUCUCGGGUUUGUCCACUGCGAUUUGAAGCCCAACAACGUUCUUCUCUUCCCAUGCAGUUGCGGUUGUGGCUUGAAUCAGCUCAAGAUUGGCGAUUUCCGGCUAUCUAAGGUCGCCGGAGAGGAGGGUCACCACGGAGCUUUACUCUACACCUCCCCGGAAUCUCUGUUUUGCGGCAUUCAUGAGGCGCCUAAGGAUAUAUGGGCCAUAGGGUGCAUGGUGGUGGAGAUGAUGACCGGGAAGUCUCCUUGGAGGUUUACAUCAUCAUCAUGUAACACUAAUGACGUUAAUAAGUUAGCUGUAGAGAUGGCUUUCAACAAACCCCAAAUCCCAACCGGCAUAUCUAAUUGUGCCAAGGAUUUUGUGAUGAGGUGUUUCGAAAGAAACCCAAAUGUCAGAUGGACUGCUGAUAAGCUACUCAAUCAUCCAUUUGUUGCGCGUAACAAUAAUCCGUUGCUAUGUCGAACAUGGGAGAAUCAUAAAGUCUUGGGCAAUAGGCUUUUCAAGACCGAAAAAUGGAUUUCUAAAUUUGGUUUAUUUUCUACUCCGAUUUCGUCAUGCACUUGCGGCUGUCGCUAA